AUGAAAGCAGCCUCCACCAUUAUCCUUUCCAGCCUCGCGGCGACUGCAUUUGCAGCCACCCAACCAUGGCAAGUUCGGGACCUGAAGGAAGUCGACUCGACUUCUGCCCAAGGCAUUAGCCAGGUUGGAUUCACUUUUGAAAACCCCAAUUCCGGUGUCACCACGAACUGCACGUACGCGAACGCGCCUGGCUCCGGUCGUCCGCCAACCGUACAGUCGUACACGCCUUGCAAGAACCAGAACGUCCGAUUCACCUACGAGCGCACUAGUGAUAAGACUGCAAACAUCGCAGUCGAGUAUGUCACCACGAACGCAGCUGGCAAUGUUCAGGGAGUCCAGAACAGCAUGGGGGUUGUCGACCUUGUAUCCAGCUCCGAGGGGACUACCACCGACUACACCUCUGAGGAGAGCGAGCUCUUCCCAGGUGCGGAAACGGGUGCCUAA